AUGAAUACUACCACAGCCUAUACGCCUCUUGAAUGUUUAUUGUUAUUUCAAUCUUUAGUCGCAUAUGGCACCGAUCCAAACUCAUUUACUCAAAUUUCUCAACUCUUGACCAAUAAUUCCCUGGUUAAGGAUGGGGAAACAUACGAUGCUGGAAGACUGAGUGCUGAUUUACUGGGGGAUUUAUAUUUACGACUUCUGCGAGAGGAAUUGAAGAAUGAUGCAGAGCAAGAUGUGCAAGAAGACACUGGACCGUCGCCGUCAAAAAAACGAAAACUCUCCAGUCCACAUUUGCCAACUAUCAAGGAUGCCCAACCGUAUCGAGAAAAAUUGCCAAUUUUAGUGGAGAGGUUAUAUGAGCGGUACAAAGAUUAUAUGGUACGGGCCAUCAGGGAGGAUGAGGAAAAUUACCGAGCUGUUCAACGAGAUAUUGCGGCAAUUGAGAGAGGAGAUUGGGAUGAGAGAAUAUUGAGAGAAGAACGGGCGGCCACGGAACAGAAUGGGCACAAACAAAUUGCGGAUGCUGGCAUGAAGCCGAAUGGUACCACUAGCAAUGUUCCUAUUACAGAGGAAGGUAUAUCGAAGGAAUCCAAACCUUUGGAUAGCAGACUACAGGAUCCACGGCCGACAGAACCUAGGCUUCUGGAGCCCCAGCUGCCACAAAUCAAGUCAUUUGAGAUAGCUAUUCCUCAAUCAUUACCUCAAAAUGUAAGAGAGCAAUCAAGAACAAAAGCAUCUCCAUCUCCCGGUCCAUCUCCAAGAACCGAAGGUCGACCAGAAGGUUUGGCUAUCAGUGAUGUUUUAAACACUCAAAAUUCCACCCCCGUUCCUCCCCCCAAAAAUGUCACGGAACAACAGCCUCGAAAUGGUAUGCAACAUGGGGUACCACCAAUAGCUCAUCAAAGAUCUGGCAGUCAUGGUCCACAUGGUCCAUCUCCAUUACAAACUCAAGCUCAUUCGCCACAACUUGGUCCUCCUCCUUUACAAUGGGAACCACCAUUCCACCCCGGGGGUCCCAAUCCUCCACAGUUCCACAACCCUCAACCUGGAUCGCCGCAUCCAUCUCCACACUCCCAGUUCUACCCCCCACCGUUCCCUUCAUAUCCUCCCCAUUCGUACCCGCCCCCUAACCAUCGAAAUUCCCUACCAAGUCCACAUUUACCUCCGCCCCAUCAUUCUGUACCAUCAUCUCCACUAAACCCACAAUAUCAACAAGGCGUUCUCUUACCACCCCCUCAUACAAUGGGUAGACCUCCAAGUACUACUGGCACGCAACUAGACGCGUUGGCGGACGUUGCUGGGCAGCAAUAUCGCGCGAAUUCUGGAUCACCUAUGGCUCAGCAAGGACCUUUACCUCCGGUCUCUUUGCCUCCAGGGUCUAUGCCACAAAUUCCACCUCACAUGCCAUACACACAUUCAUUCCCACCUCCACCUCCACAAAGACCUCUCUCCUCGACUGGCCAUCCUCCUCCACAAUGGAUUCCUCCCUUCCAAUCACCACCAUACCCGCUACCAUAUCAACUUAAUGGACCUCCUAAUGGACGACCGCCAUUUCCCCGGCCAGAACUUGUUGCUCCGGAGAACAGGCAAUAUAAUUCACCAUAUAAUGCAAAUCAAAGUCCACGGCCUUCUCUACCCAUUAAUAAUUCAGUGCAGCCAAGACCGCAACUAUCGCAGCCUCAUACCCCGUUGUCUCAAGCACCUCAGACAUUCAUGACUGGAAGUGGCACUAAAUGGACACCAAGACCAUCCGGUGCUACUCCACGAUUACCUAGGGAGCCUUCUCGUCCACAAGCCGAAGCUCUUAGUCCUAUAUUAAAGCCUAAAGUAUUACCUCAAUCAGUAGAAAAGUCUCCACAAAAGAAACAUCGGCCAAAGCAGGAUCCUGUCAGACCGGGCAACACCAAUACACCGAACACGUUACGCAAGCGAGCUGGCAGUAUAACCUCAACUCCCACUAUUGGCCCAUUUAGAAGGAGUCAGUCGGUACAAUCACAUGCUGACGAACUCUCCUUGGACAACGAAGGUUCCGGUCUUCACUUCAAACAAGAAGUCGCAACACCCCGUGGCGUUGGUGAUGUAGCCGAUAUAGCGACUGAUGAUAGUACAAGUCGACAACCCAAAAUCCCACAAUCACCUCGUCAAGCAAUGAAACGAAAGCGUCUUGAUAGUCCCGAACUUAGGGAACCCCGUGGUCCACCCCUGUUCGUUUUAUGGACUCGUGCAUUCCCGAAGAUUAGUGUAUCUGCCUUGGAAUCAAUUAGUGGUCAUCGGAACGCGAGCACGUUUGCAAAUCCCGUUAAGGAGAGAGAUGCUCCUGGGUAUAAAGAUCUCAUUCUCCGUCCACAAGAUCUCAAAUCUAUUCGAACGGCUAUCACGGCUGGACAUAAAGCUGCGGCGGCUGCAGCUGCAGCUCUGGCUACACCAGAUGAUCAAGGCCAAUCAAGUGCAUGGCUGCCUAUUGCUGAAGAUCUCAUUCCUCCAAAAGGCAUAAUAAAUUAUGCUCAAUUUGAAAAAGAAUUGAUGCGUAUGUUUGCCAAUGCUAUUAUGUUUAAUCCCGAUCCUGAUCGUGGAUUUGGUAAAGCAUUUGAGAAUAAAAGGAAAGAGUCUGAGAGGGGAGCAGUUUAUGAAAUUGAUGAGAAUUCAUUGGUGAAGGAUACAAGAGCUAUGUUCAUGGAUGUCGAAAAGGAUAUUGGAGCAUUGAGAAGUGCAGAAAGGCGAAGCGAAGAAGCUGCAGAAAGAGAAGCUCUUGGUGGACCUUGGGGUAUUAGACACACUAAUAGUCAUGCUGCACCUGAUGAUGAUGAUGACGAUGAUGAAGCUGACGAGCUAGCAGGGGAUGGAGAUGGCGUUGUCAGCAACGGAAGUGGCACAAUAAAAAGAAGAAGAAAAGCUUGA